UUCUGGAGAAACCAACUAAAAUCAACAUGUUCAAAUUCGUCGUUGUCUUGGCUUUUGUAGCUGUUGCUUCAUCUCAACACCAUUCCUAUGGUGGUCAUUCGGCUGGCGUCUCUCAUGGCUCCGCUGAUGAUGUUCAUGCUGAAAUCAAAUCCUUAGAUUCAGAUGUACGUGCUGAUGGUUUCCAUUAUGGUUUCGAGACCACCAACCAUAUUAGAGCUGCCGCUUCCGGUGAUGAGCAUGGCAAUAUCCAUGGUGAUUUCGAAUGGGUUUCACCUGAAGGUGAACAUGUUGCUGUGAAGUAUGUUGCUGAUGAAUACGGUUAUCAGCCCAGCAGUGAUGUUUUGCCCACCCCACCACCAGUACCUACUGCCAUCUUGAAGUCUCUGGAAUACAUUCGUAACCAUCCCCAUCAUGAGCAACAUUAUGGUGGCCAUUAAGAAUUGACUUUUCUUAGGGAAAUAAUUAGAUUUCUAAUAUUUUUUCUGUGUUGAAAAUAUGAGAAAAAUAAUUGUUAUUUAAUAAACAAA